AUGAAGUCAGCUGCGCCACGGCCUGUGGACAGUGGCAAAGGCUGUAAGAGCCCUUUGGAAAUGCCCUCAAACACAGAGUUUAAGAAGAGAGGGAAGAGGGUUAAUUUAUCACACCAACUGAAUAAUAUUCCAACUGGAAGUGACUCCCCCAUAGAAAUUAGUAGUGAUGAUAGCAAAGAAGAGGCCAGUUUGAAGAGCGACUUUGUAGAAGGUAGCACUUCUUUUUCACUCCACCAGACAGAGGUAGAGGUCCUUGCCGAAAGUAUUCAAGAUGUCAAAAGCCAGUCGAGCACUGUCACCUCCACACACAGCUCUAAGAAAGUAAAUCCUAAACAGGGCACCACAAAAAAUGAUUUCAAGAGAUCAAGAAAAAGGAAGCACAAAGAUAUAAUAGAUCUCUCUGAAAGUUUACCUUUAGCAGAGGAACUAAAUCUUAACAAGGAUGGUAAAGAUAGUAAAGAGGCAAUAUCUUCCCUACCUAUUGAACUGGAGAGUGCUGCUAAUGACGCAAGCCCUGGAGAUCAGGUGGCCUGCUUAAAUGAUAAUACAGUAACCGUCUCGUAUGAGGAAUUUUUAAAAAGCCACAAGGAAAACAAAGUGCACCAGUUAGCAGAUGCUACUAGGUCAGGUUGUAUUCCCUCCGAGACAAUGGGAGAUAUGGGCAGAAGUGGUUAUAUAAGUGACACAGACACUUGUGAAGGUUCCCCGCAGGCACACUUUAAGACAGUGACUGUCCUUGCACAAGUUCAUCCUGCCCCCCCCAAAAAGACUGGAAAAAUACCUCCCAUGUUCUUGAAACAAAAACAAAUUGAAUUGGAAAAUAGCUUCUCUGACCCUGAGAGUGAACAAACACCUCAGAAAAGAAAGUCCAACGUGGUUAUACAGGAGGCAGACUUGGAAUUGGCCGUGCUGGAUCCUGGAAGUUCUGAAGCCGUGAAACCGAAAUGCUCCCUGGAAGAAAGGCAGCAGUUUAUGAAAGCGUUUCGGCAGCCAGCCUGCGAUGCCCUGAAGACUGGCGUUAAAAAGGCUUCUGAUAAGAAAGACCUUCAUGAAGCAUCUUCCCAGGAGGAAGGAAGUAGCAAUAGUUCCAGAAACAUCAUGGAAAAUCCUACUACUGAAGUUUCAAGUAAUAGCGAAUCACAGUCAUAUACUGAUAAAGGAAGCUUUCCUAAAGAAAAAAGUAAAAAGUUAAAGCAAAAGGGUAAGAAAACAGAGACACGGGUUAUGCUGAGUGAAAACAGAGAAGGAAAUACUCAAAAGAAAGAAAUAACCUCUUCCUUACAAGAUAAACAAAAUCAAAGUAGACUUAGAAUGAGUUUAAGACAAAAGAGAACAGACGUUUUCAAAGGCAGCGCAUUAUUCAAGAGUAAAAGUCUUGUUUGUGAAAAUGCAGUAAAAGAUGACCCUUUAACGAUUUCCUCUCCUCCUAAGUACAAUAAAUCCUCAAGAAAAACCAGUACUCCAGCUAAGGAAGUCAAAGUUAUACAUUCCAAACCUGAACCUGAAGACAGCUUGAAAAAUGUUUCCACACCCAAAUCAGCCAGAAGAUCCGGAAGAAGCAGCAGCACACCUGCUACAGUGGACAUUAGAGGUUCUGAUCUUGAAGAUGCACAAGAUUACACUCCAAUAAAGGCUUCUACUCCAAAAGCAGCCAGUUUACCGGGAAAGCAUAAUUUAUAUACAGCAGAAUUAAUAAUGAUUUCCAGUGAUUCAGAGAGUCCAAUUAGAAUGAAAUUCACUAGAAUUAGUACUCCGAAGAAAUCUAAGAAAAAGUACAAGAAAAGAUCUAAGAAAUCUGAAGCAACGGAUGGAGAUUUUACUUUGCAGACUAGAAAGGCAAGUCGUGCUUCAAAAAAUAUUUCAAAAGCGAAGCGAUUGAUUGAAAAAGCAAAAGCCGUACACAUGAGCAAGUCAAAGGCUGCUGAUGAAAUGGCAGCACCUUUAAGGCGCUCUUCCAGACAGCAGGCCCUUACUGAAAGGAAGACACUGUCGGAACCGGAAGAUUCAGUAAUAAGAAUAGAUUCAAGUCCUACAUCUUUCAAGCAGUCUGAGAAAAAUCAGAAGAAACUUAAGUGUCUGAAUGAUGUUCUAGGAAAAAACCUUAGCCAGUUGCCUAAAAAAGUACCUGGAAAAGUGAAAGUCGCUCCUUUAUUCCUUGCCAGAAAAGCCAAACAAAGAGCUGAUCCUAUCUUUGAAUUCGAUGAUAGCAGUCAAGAUACAUCUGAAAAAUCUCAGGAUUGUGACGUGCAGUUGAAAGCCAAGCGUGAAUUUCUAAUGAGUGGUUUGCCAGACUUGUUGAAACGACAGAUUGCCAAGAAAGCAGCCGCUCUGGACGCAUACCACACAGCAAGCACAGGCUUCCAGAGGGUGGUUCAUGUUCAGCAGAAAGAGGAUGGGUGCCUUUUGUGGCAUUUGACACCACCCUCUUGUCCUCUCUUGACAAAUUUGAAAGAACUGAAUCCUAGAAUAGUAGAUGUCUCCAGAUGUGCUAUUGGUCUUGGUGAAUUUUCAACAUUGAACUCUAAUCUGAAAAGCAAUCAUUCUGCUGUUGUGUUAAUGGCGACAAGGAAAGCUUUUACUGAAGAAAUAAGGAACGCUUUGCUAGAGGAGAUUAGAUGGUCAAAUCCUGGAUUUUCUUUGAAAAACUAUUUCCCUUUGCUUCUAAAAAAACAAAGUGAGCCCGUGGCUCUUUCUGAACGUCUCAGUAAACAAGAACCUGACGUUAAUCAGAAAGAAGCCAAAAGGAAACGCACUGAAACCGAAAAUCGGAAGUCCAAAAGGAAGAAGCCCAAUGAUUCUUCUGAUAGUCCACAGAAGCUAAGCGGGAAACCAGAAGAACUGGACCAAAGAAACAAAUCUUCUGAGAUAAAGUUAGAUUCUUCAAAAGAGUCUGCAGUUGAAGAUACACUUUGGACAGAAAAGUAUCAACCUCAGAACUCCAGUGAACUCAUAGGCAAUGAGCUGGUCAUAAAAAAGUUACACAGCUGGUUGAAAGACUGGAAAAGAAGAACUGAGCUGGAAGAAAGACAGAAUUUGAAGGGGAAAAGGGAUGAGAACCCGGAAGCUCUGUCGGACAGCACAGAUUUUAAAGGCAGCUCAGAUGAAGAGGAGAGUCAGCUGUGUAACACCGUGCUCUUAACAGGGCCCACAGGAGUGGGCAAGACUGCCGCCGUGUACGCGUGUGCUCAGGAGCUGGGCUUUAAGAUAUUUGAAGUGAAUGCCUCUUCCCAGCGCAGUGGGAGACAAAUCUUAUCCCAACUGAAGGAAGCCACGCAGUCCCAUCAAGUAGAUAAGCAAGGUGGGAACUCACAAAAGCCGUGUUUUUUCAAUAGCUACAACAUAGGCAAGUCACCAAAAAAAUUCAGCUCCCCCAAGAAAGUUGUUACAUCACCAAGAAAAAUUCCUCCAUCUUCCCCGAAAAGUAGUGGACCAAAGCGAGUACUCCCUCCUCAAACCUUGGCAAAUUAUUUUAAAGUGUCUUCUAAACAAAAAAAUAAUGAAGAAAUAGCAGCACUUCAGGAAAAUAAUAAAGGAAUCAAAAGUUUUGAACAGAAACCAAUUAUCCAAACAAAAACCAUAACUAAUUCAAACAAAGAAUUUGGAGCAGAGGAACUCAACAGGAAAAAUGCAACAUCUCUUAUUCUUUUUGAGGAGGUUGACAUAAUUUUUGAUGAAGAUGCUGGGUUUUUGAAUGCCGUUAAAACAUUUAUGGCAACAACUAAAAGACCUGUAAUCCUUACGACAAGUGAUCCAACAUUUAGUCUAAUGUUUGAUGGCUGUUUUGAAGAAAUAAAAUUUAGUACUCCUUCUGCACGAAAUGUUGCCAGUUACCUACAGAUGAUCUGCUUAACUGAGAAUUUUAGAACUGAUGCAAAAGACCUUAUCACCUUUCUAACUGCAAAUACUUGUGACAUCAGAAAGAGCAUCCUUUACUUACAAUUCUGGAUUAAAAGUGGAGGUGGAUUUUUAGAAGAGAGACCCUUAUUCCUUUAUGGUGGAAAUGGCAGGAACGGCCAACCAGUUGGCUCUGAAAAUGCUGCUGAUUCCAAGAAACAUUCUAAAAAUUCUAAAAAGAAUCCUACAGAUCUUCCCAAAUGUGAUACUGGCUGUGUUGAGACUUUGUUUGGGCUUAAGAACAUUUUUCUUGCUUCUGAAGAUGUAUUUUCAUUUUUAAAGCACAAAAUCACAACAAAGGAAGAGUGGCAUAAACUCAUCCAGCUGCUUACAGAAUUCCAAACCCGGAGUGUGGAUUUUUUAUAUAGUAAUCUUGAGUUCACUCUACCAUUACCAGUUGAGGCCAUUCCAGAAACACACAGCCUCUGUGGACUGUCAGAAACUGUGGGUGCCAGCCCAGCCGUGGACAGUGGGACACGCCUUGCUGGGAACCAUUCUGAAGGACAGCAGCCAUCAAAGAAGUCACACAAAAAGAGACGUAAGAAAAAGAUGGUCCUUCUAGACGAUAGUGACUUAUUUGACAACAACGCGGACUUUUCUCGUGAAUCGAUUAGCCUGCCCCCGGCUUCUGUGUCUGGCGCAGACGAGCGCAAAGACAAAGACGGCGAAAACACGCCCGAGACGAGGAAGCGAAAUGCAUGUUUAGACUCCGACCACGAUGGCAUUUCUCGCAGCCCUCAAACCCCAGCUGAAAAAGAGUGCUCUGCCCUUGUUUCUCAUUGUUUAAAUUCCCUCACAGAGUUCAUGGAUAACAUGUCCUUCUUAGAUGCUCUUCUGCCAGAGGUGAAGGGGCAAAGCGAAGGGGGUAAACAUGACUUCAGUUGGACCAAAGGGAAGGUUAAGAACGGGCUUUGUGAUGCGUUUACUCCUGGGAGUAACGAGGACGGGUGGCCGCCUCAGCGCUCUGCAGAACUAAGGGCAGUUGUAGAAGCUCUCUGCUUCACUGAGUGCUCUUCCGCUAUCGCAAAAGCAAUGGAGGCCUCCUUACAUUCUUGCAAGAACUUCGGAAGAGACCCAACCAGAGCGCUUACGCUGGAUGUUUCCAAACAGCGCACCCACGUCUACUUCAGCCAAUCAGCAGCCGAUUUAGACAGUGCACAGAAGAGGAUAGCUGUCGUGAAAAGUGUAUUUUCUAGUCGGUCUCUUUUGAACCUGAGUAACAGACAAGCUGGUGUGAUUGAGUACUUGCCAACUCUGCGAAGCAUUUGUAGGACUGAGAAGUUAAAAGAACAAGGGAAAAGUAAAAGAAGGUUCCUGCAUUAUUUUGAAGGAAUCCAUCUUGACAUUUCUAAAGAGACUAUGGCGGCUUUAGCAGCAGACUUCCCCUAGUAUUCCACCUGAAUUACGCUUUGUACAGAUUGUCAUCACUAUGUGGUCCUUAA